AUGUUCUCUAAAAGCUACAGCCAAGGGGCCCCCAACGAGAACUUUAAACCAAUAAGCCUCGAGGAUUGCCACUCUGGUACCCAAUACUCACCUGCUCAGACGUCCACAUUUACGGACAAUCCAAACUUCGCGGCCAAAAUUUGUAUCCGAUCUUCGGAAAUCAGUGAUUCAUCAUCUCGAUCAUGUCAUCAAAAUGGCUUGGCUACGACCUCUUUUCCAGGUCAGCUGGCUUCCUCAAUCACACUGGUAGGAAUUUCGGUGUCCAAGAAGGAGGCGGUACAUAAGGCAUUUUGUAAAGCCGGUUCAACUUAUCGAGAGCUGCGUGGUCAUCCAGUUCAUUUGUCACAAACGAGGUCAGCAUCAGAUCUUCAACGCUGGUCCUCCCAACACAACUUCAGGAGAAGCCGACAGCAAAUUUUGCAGCCUAAUGAACGGAGGCAUACGUCGCAGUCGAAGUUUCAGAGGACACCGGCGUCUGGAGUUGUGACUAGAUGGAGUGAUUCAUCAUCUUCAACAUGUACUGUAACUCCUUUUAUUGGAUGUUGCAGCACUGAAACAAGAGACGGCAGUCGCCGUUCACUCAGCGAAUCGUUUCUUGCCUCUGCAUCUGAGGAUCCGACCGACGUCCAUUUUGUGGAACCUGCCACCCCGUUACCCUCUUUUCUCCCUUGCAUUUUCCCCACUUCUUUGAAGCUUGAUCAGCAUCCCCCAAUUUCCGUAGACUCUUUCUCAUCCUCCUCUUUCUGCUCAUCAUCAAAAGAACUUCCUAGUUCUAGUCAGUCCCCUUCAGAUCUUUUUCCCAAAAAAAACAAUUCAGAAGUAUACUUCUUUAGCCUAUGUGAAGACGAGCAUCAUACUGACUCUAUAGUUUUGCAGCAGCAAGAAGCUGACGUAGGUCUUAGGGCCCCUGAAAACGCCCCCGUAGAAGUGCAUCAGCAACAUUCUCGUAAGCGACUUAUGGAUAAGCCAGACCCUGAAGCCGUUGCUUUGGACGCCGAGGUGGAGGCAGCCUUGCACGUAAAUGGGCGAAUCGGUUUAACAAGACCUGAGCCUGCCAGCAACGGUUCAGAAUAUGAUCUUAUCACCUUAGACUCUGAUAUGGUUGGGCAUAAUUCACUCCUAAUGGCACCAUUUCCCCCACCACCGACCUCGGUUCCAUCGCAUACUGCAAGAAUGUCAAUGUCGUUAUCAUCCACUGCGACUACUUUAGAGACGACGAAGUCAGCUUUCUCCUCUACCGGCUCUUGCAACAACAGCUCUUCUUGUUGUUUAUGCUCAUCUAGUCAACAGCUUAUGCAUCAUCCUCUUCGUCACUAUCAGCAUCACUGUCCUUCUCAUCAUUUUUACUGGUCUGGCAGCCGAGCUUCAUCGUUACUGCCACAAACUCCUUCAUUGUGUCCAGAAAUCCCGACUCAAUGCCCCGAGUCAGCCCAGCUCACUGUGGCCACAAGCGAGUCAGCUGAUUCCGUGUCUAAACGAAGCCGUCGCCGCCAGAGACAGUUCGCCAUUGUGCCAAGUUGUUCAAUAAAUUCUGCCAUGGAUGCUCUGGCGGCUUCUGAAAAGGAAGAGACUGGAGAGCAAAAUGGGGAGGAGGAGGAGGAUGCUGAAGCGCCACCUACUCCUGUAGGAAAGGCUUGCAUACUUGAAGAACCUAGCCUCACUGUGAAAACUGACUCACAGCAUCUCUGUUAUAGUCCCCGUCACUCUCCUCGCUUUUUUCGCCCUUUAGACCGACCAAUAUUGAAGGAAGAAGCCUCCUGUCAGCCAUUGGGAGAAGGUGAAUUCGCAUUCUUUCCUUUAAAAAUAAUCAAAUUGAACUUAUUGAAUAGUUCAUGUGAUAUUGUUUGGUUCCUCUUAACUUCUUAUCACAAUAAUAAUAAUAAUAUAGUGCUACUACUACUGCUAAAAGUAGUAUGUCAAAACUACUACAUGAGAGAAAGAUAA